UGAGAAACUGAGACUAAAAAGCAGAACAAGAGUUAAAGAGUAAGGGUUUUCAGAUGUGAGUCCAGCCCAGCUUGGGUGUGCUCCCUUUUAUUUGGGAGAAUGGAGAGGACAAUCUUUGUUGCCUCCACCCCUUUAAAAAAGGAAGAAAAUCCUAAAGAAACGUGUGUUGGAGAGGGGAAGCGCUGCUGCCAAGGCGCAGGGCCGUCAGACAGAUCUUCAAGAACAUCUGGUAACCGCGGGUAACACUGUUUGGACAUCUGGUAACCGAAGGUUACACUGCGUCUCUUCCAUCCUGCCGGGUUUCCUGUUAUGCCUCGCUGUACACAGACUAAGACGUGUAGGUUUAUUAUACAUGGUCAUCAGCUGGGGAAAGCGCACCUUUAUCGGUUUUCUUCUGACAUGAAUGGAGCACUUGGUUUCAUUGGGGUAUUCCUCUCCUUUCUCUCCGACACCCCUAACGGAGAGUUUGCCGUGCCAUUUGCUUGUGGGAAUGAUACUCACCGUUGCAUGCACAUAUGCGACUUUUGUAAUCAUUUGUACGGUGCUCCAACAAUGGAUUGCCUGUCAACCCUGUUUAGCCAUUUAUGUCUCAGCGCUUUUGAGAGUUCAAUGGCAUCACUGAGCAGCACUGACUGGUGCAUUUGGGGUAACGUGAGAGGUUUGUACAGUAACCUAAGCCAUUGCACAGAGGAGAUGUCUGACUGUCUCUUGAUCCCGUGGCCCAACCAGCUGGUGGAAGAGACCUUUGUGGACAUUCACUCCAGGUUCUUCCAUGAUUGCCCCACAGAGGAGCUGAGCGACCCGCCGCCAGUCAUCGUCCUCGCCCUGGUGAUAAUUCCCAUCUGCCUGAUCCCGGUCAUGGUCAGCAUUGUGGUGUUCAAAACUAAGAAUGGCGAUGGCAGCUAGUGAGGAUCUCAAAUCUUGGCUCAAUCAAAAAAUCCCUAUUUUGCACCAAUGCUCUGUCUUUUCUCCCAAAUUGAGGAAUGCUUGUUUCCACCCAGGCUGCUGCUCUUUAUUCUCACCACUGAGCUCGCAGAGGAGUGACUCUUUCUCACAAGUUUACCUGCACUUCACUUCUCAGAGGAAUUCUGAAACAUCAGCAGCAGAGAAAACCGAUCAAUAGACACUUCUGACCCAAAGUAAAUAAUGUCAUAUUCUGUGGCUGUUCAACAACAAACUCCCUGGUGUUAACAGAUGCUCACUGUGACAAAUCUUAUGUUGUUAUUAAUUCAUGCACUGUAUCUCAUUAACACUUUUAAAGAAGAUAGACUGUGACAAAAGAUUUGUUUUCAACCACCUGAUUGGAAAUUGGAACACUGAUGGUUUUGGUUACAUCCAAACUGGAUGCAUAUGUUUGGAAAACCGCUCUGUUUGAAAUGGAGAACACAAAUUCAAUGUUUUUAAUGACAAAAGCACCAGAGCUUGCGAAAAAUAUAUUUUUGUUGACAGUCCUCGUUAAGUCGGACAUCAUUUGUCUUGGUUAAAGACAAGAUUCUGAAAUGAUUACUUAUUGCUGAACUUCUGAACUCUUCAAACCUAACUCUGUUUUGAGCCACUAAUUAGACGACGUACUAUUCAAUCCAAGUGUGAUCUGAGUGCAUGUAUGAGUUCAUUGUUUGAUAUAUGAAAAGGGUCCUCAUGUGUACAGAGGGAGAAAAGAAAAAGGAUGUGGUUAUGAGAGUCAGCGCUUGGGGUCAGAGGUUACAGAUGGGACACAAUGAAUGGGUACGCCCAGAGAGUGAGAUCCUUUUCCUGGUAUUGUCUACUUUUCGAAUAGUAUUGAAUCCUUAAGCACUUUCAACGUGACAAUCCUCACGAUCUUAUGUUGAUGAGCUAAAUGAGGUUUAUCUAACGUCUCAAUCCAGCUCAGACAAAGGGAGAUAUUUAGUUUUGUGUGUGCAGCAUAGUGAUAAACACUGAGUGAUGACAAAAAGAUAACAGUGCUAUCUUUUGCUUCAAUCUUGAUAACAUGGGUUGUUAUGACGAUGAAGCCAUUGUAAGCGCUUUCAGAUUUGGAACCAAAUGUGUAUUUAUAUACUGUGUUAUUUUUCUGCUAUUGUCAGGACUUACUGUGCUGUCUGUGAGAACACAUCCUGCCUGCUCUCACACCAUGUACUGUAUGUACUUUUUUAUACUAUAUUAAAUCUACAGUUGGAAUGUUGGCUCUACUUUGACUCCCUUCUUUGGGUAGAUUUGGAUUUUUUUCAUGUUCACAGAGAUGUGACAUUCUAGCAAAAGUGCCCUUUAACUUUUGUCAGUAUUUGAUUAAACACACUCAUUUCCCAU